UACGUCAUCAGACGUGAGCAAUGGACCUCCGUUAAAUCGCCACAAAACACCAAAGACGGCUGAGUAAAAAAGAUUAAAAGUUAUCUUUUGAGGUUUUCAUUUUGCUUUCGAUGGUUUCUAUGUCGAAGUUGCUGAAGUAAAGUUUGAUUUGGAGAAGUGAAAAAGAGAAGUGGGGUGGGAGUGUACAUAAACAAGUCACCACAGUGCUAAAUGUGACAUUAAAAACAUUUUAUAUACACAUAUAUAUAUUUACAUACAUACACAUUUAUUUACAAAUAUAACCUCAAGUGUGUCUUUUCGACCAAUUCCGGCGCCGUCACGUGAGUGCAGCACUAACCGGAAUAGCCGCUUGUCCGACUGUGUUACUACUAGCAUUAGCAGGAACUUGUUAGCCGAUGUUAUGGCGUUGUUCAAGCAAAGCUGCAAUUUAGUCGGCCGUUUCUCCACAAAACACCCAUGGCUGGCAACUACAAGUCCUUCGCAUGUUUAUACUACAAACAUGUCAUCUGCGACCAAGUCCUCCCCGAUCCGGGUUGACAGGAGUAAAGAGCUACUGAGCCACGAUGAUGAUGAUGGUCCUUCGCUGCAAGACUUUAUUUCUGGGGAACUCUCCGAGAAAAGCAAAUGGGCAGAGUACAGAGGCAACCUGAAGAGGCAGAAGGGCGAGAGGCUACGGCUGCCUCCGUGGCUGAAGACGGAGAUCCCAAUUGGGAAGAACUACAACAGGCUGAAGAACACACUGAGAAACCUCAAUCUUCACACUGUGUGUGAGGAAGCCAGGUGUCCUAACAUUGGUGAAUGCUGGGGAGGAGGGGAGUACGCUACAGCCACAGCCACCAUCAUGCUGAUGGGAGACACAUGCACCCGCGGAUGCCGGUUUUGUUCAGUCAAGACCGCUCGCCUGCCGCCACCCCUGGACCCCGAAGAGCCCUACAAUACAGCCAAGGCUAUCGCUGCUUGGGGGCUGGACUAUGUGGUGCUCACCUCGGUGGACAGAGAUGAUAUUGCAGAUGGAGGGGCGGAGCAUUUUGCAAAGACUGUUUCCAACCUGAAGGAAAGGAAUCCUCUCAUCCUGGUUGAAUGUCUGACACCAGAUUUUCGGGGCGACCUUGCAGCAGUAGAGAAGAUCGCCCUGUCAGGUCUAGACGUGUACGCCCACAACGUAGAGACAGUCCGCGAGCUGCAAAGGCAUGUACGAGACCCUCGAGCCAACUUUGACCAGUCUUUGAGCGUCCUGAAGCACGCUAAAAAGGUCCGUCCUUCUGUGCUCACCAAGACGUCCAUCAUGCUGGGACUGGGAGAGACUGACCAACAAAUACACAAUACACUGACCACACUACGUGAGGCCGGAGUGGACUGUCUCACAUUGGGACAGUACAUGCAACCCACUAAACGCCACCUGAAGGUGGAGGAAUACGUCACUCCAGAGAAGUUUGCACACUGGGAGAAAGUUGGGGUGGACAUGGGCUUUCUCUACACUGCCAGUGGGCCGUUGGUUCGAUCCUCCUACAAAGCAGGGGAGUUCUUCCUAAAGAAUCUGCUGAAGAAGAAAAAAGCACAGGUCUUCACAACAGAAUGAAAUCGACAAAAGACAAAGCACAGCACCCCCUGCCUCUUUCUGUAUCUGCAUUCUAAUUACAACCUCUCAUGCAAAUCCACUUUACACCAGCACCAUAAUGUAUUGUUUCAAGCUGCAGCAAAGCACAGAAAAGUGAAGGGCAAAGCUGUCUGCUGGCACUUUGAGCUUGCCACCACAUCUUGAGGUGGUGGAGUUAUUUAAUGAAGCUGUUUUGCUUACAUCAAUUUAAAUGUAAAUUAUUUAUGAUACCCAAAUAAACCAAUGCCUGCACUCAA